AUGUCCAUCACCGCGGCUUCUAUUGAUAUCCUUCGCAGUCGGCUUACGACGGCGAUUGUUCACGUUCCUGGCUCCGAAGGCUACCAGCAAAGCCUGGUUCGAUGGUCGGAUACAGGAGUGAAACGCGCGGGCGUCGUGGUACAACCAAUGAUUGCGGAGGAUAUCCAGACGGCUCUACAAUGGGCGCAGGAGCACGCGAUUGACAUCGCUGUGAAGGGCGGCGGCCACUCCACGGCGGGCACAAGCUCGAGCGACGGCGGCCUGGUGAUCGACCUGUCACGAAUGAACCAGGUCAUGGUCGACAGUGCCCAGAAAACCAUCACUGUCCAGGGCGGCGCCACCUGGAAAGAAGUCGACGAGGUCGGCGCUGCCCAUGGCCUGGCGACCGUGGGGGGCACUGUCAACCAUACCGGCGUUGGCGGACUCACACUCGGCGCAGGUUACGGCUGGCUGUCGGGUCAAUAUGGUCUCACAAUUGACAACCUGCUCACAGCAACCGUCGUCCUCGCGGAUGGAAGUCUCGUAACGGCCUCUGCAACUGAACAUCCUGACUUGUUCUGGGGCCUGCGAGGUGCGGGCUAUAAUUUUGGGGUAGUGUCUGACUUUACCUACCAGGCCUACGACAAGAGCAGCCCGGUCUAUUCGGGGAUUCUGGCAUUCCCACCGCCCCAGCUGGAGUCUGUCGUCGAGCAACUGAACGGUCUCUUGGCGGAACCAGACUCACGCGCCGGCGCGAUGUGCAUCUUUGCCCAGGCCCCCGAUGGCUCUGGCCCGAUGAUCAUCGUAAUCUGUUUCUACGACGGGACACAGCAAGAAGGCCAGCAGCAUUUCGCAGGCUUGCUCGGACUGGAACCGAUUCUGAACACAAUGGACAUGAUUCCCUAUGCGAUGGUGAACACCCUUCAAAAUCCCCAAGCCACAUAUGGAGAUCGCAAAUCGUUCAAAGGAAUUUUCUACCAACCGCCUCUGGACCCACACUUUGUGCGCACCGUGUUCACUGAUUUCAUGGCGAAGCUGCAACACGAACCCGAUCUAAUGGCGUCGGCGAUUAUUCUCGAAUUCAUCGAUAUGCGCAAGAUAUGUGAGGUUCCCUUGACUGCAACCGCAUUUGCGAGUCGCAAUACAACCCAGAACGGAAUCAUCUACAUGCGCUGGACAGAUUCCAGUAAAGAUCUGGAGCAUCGGGCAUGGGCACGCGAGAUACAGGCCAAAUGGACGGCCGAGUUAGAUGCUCGAGCUAGGGGGCAAGAUGGCGACUACGUGCCCCAAUACAUCAACUACGCUGAACCCGGUGACUCGGUGGUACCAAACAUCUACGGCGAGAAUCUCGGACGCCUACAGACAGUUAAGGCCCAGUACGAUCCCAAGAACAUCUUCAACAAGAUGCACCCCAUUCCCUUGGACACCAAGUGA